UUAUCAACAGUGCAACACGGUCAACAACUGCUGUGCUGUGUUUUGUAGAGGUCGUCUGAAAAUAAUAUCGCGGGGUAUAUAAGGAGAGAGUUACCAGCUUUAGUAUCGCUGGAAAGUGGAUAUUAUGAAUUUCUAGCAUCUGAGUGAGUACCCAGGAAUGUCCCUGCCGCUUAGAAUGCAUCGUCAACACUGUUAUUUAUGCGAUCUGCCGCGAACACCAUGGGCAAUGCUGCACGAUUUUUCAGAGCCCGUUUGUCGGGGUUGUGUCAACUAUGAAGGACCUGAUAGAAUAGAGUUGGUAAUCGAGGCAGCGCGCCAGUUGAAACGUGCUCACGGUUUUCAAGACAGUCGACCAGUUCACAAGGCAUCUCAUCCACCACAUCACGGUCCACCCGGCCACGCACCUCCCGGGCCUCCGCCGCCACGUAGUGUACACGCGGAAAAUGCCAACAAGCAGCUACACGUCGAUGGCAGCUCUCGACCUCCGCUUGCACCGCAUGGACCACACCAUGUCGACCGCUACCCAAUCCAUGACAGAUCGCGAACACUUCACGACUUUCCUCCGCAACGGCUGAUAGCGAACGCGCCCGGUGGAUUCCACGGGGAGGAUUCCAUGGUCGAAGGAAAUCGGCGGAGUCCAGCGUCGAUGGUGAGGGGAAAUCCUCACCCCCCUGGUGUUCCUAUACACGUUAGUAAUAACACAGCGGCAAUUCCACCUGCUCCGAGGCCAAAUUUAGGACCGCCACCACCCGUUUCUACCGCAAGUAUAAACAAUAACAAACGGGCGAUGUCUGACCGCGAGUCCGAUCGCGAAAGGGAUGAGGAAAGCUCUAAUAACAGUGACUGUGAGCGGCGUUUGAAUGAGGACUCAUAUAUUCAGAGACCGGCAUUAGUAAGACAGACAUUAGCAUCCUUAUCCAACUGUACUCCUUUUGAAAUCCGCUUCAAAAAGGACCAUUCAUUGGUCGGAAGAGUGUUUUCUUUCGAUGCCAGUUCGAAACCAGGUGUGGACUACGAGUUAAAAUUGUUCAUUGAAUAUCCGCUUGGCUCGAACAAUGUUUUCUCUAGCGCGUCUGGAGUAGCAAAGCAGAUGUAUCAGGAUUGCAUGAAAGACUUCGGAAAGGGGCUAUCGUCAGGUUUCAAAUAUCUAGAAUAUGAAAAGAAACACGGAAGUGGUGAUUGGCGCAUUUUGGGCGAUUUACUACCGGAGGCUGUGAGAUUUUUCAAGGAGUCUCUGAACCCCGAAAUGCUACCGCAACCAUAUAUUGAUGCUAGUUAUCCCAUGCUACCCACCACCACAAAUGCUACCAUCUCUCGCCAGAUAAACAAAGUGAAGAAACGAAAAUCAUCCCCAGGACCUGAUGGUGACCAGGAUGGCAAAAUGAAUGAUGAGCAACACCAGCGUCAACAAUGGAUUCAAAACCAGGCUGAGGCGCUGAAACUUACUAUGGCAUCCACUGGUUAUAAUGAGCAUUCCGGCCCUCCCAGCUCAUCAGUCUCCCCCAUCAGCAACCCUACUUCUGGCACCCCACCGGACACAUGUCAUACAAUUGUAGGGGGUGGACCCUCCCCAAUGGCAGCAUUAAUGUCAGUCACUGAUAACUUAGUUACUCCAAUUUCACCAGGGAAAAUAGGUCUAGGCCACCCCUCGAUUGUUGGACACCUGUCCAAUGUAGGCAGCAGUACACACGGACAUUUGAAUCCACCCUCCCCUAGUACAGCGCAGAGACGGUCUCUCUACCGGAACAAAGAACUCGGACUCUCAGCAGACGCCAGCAUCAGCUCUAAUUUGCCGGAUUCCUCCGUCACUAACCAUACCUUAAAAUGUACUAUAUGUCAUGAACGUCUGGAGGACACCCAUUUUGUGCAGUGUCCCUCAGUACCUUCCCACAAGUUUUGCUUUCCUUGCUCACGGGAGAGUAUCAAAAAGCAGGGCACUGCCGGGGAGGUCUAUUGUCCAAGCGGGCAAAAAUGCCCCCUGGUUGGCACAAGCACACCCUGGGCAUUUAUGCAAGGGGAAAUUGCUACAAUAUUAGGGGAUGAUAUCAAAGUUAAAAAAGAAAGGGAAGUCUAGUCUGAUACUCAGUAAGUAAUUUUAAACAAAAAAAAAUAAUAGGCAGCUGUCUCCAGUAUUUUAAAUUUGAUUGUAUAAAAUAACUACUUGGCUU